CCCCCCCCACGGUGCGGAUCGUGCACUCGGGCCUGGCCUGCAACAUCGAGGAGGAGCGCUACUCCGAGCGCGUCUACACCAUCCGCGAGGGAGAGACCCUGGAGCUCACCUGCCUGGUCACCGGCCACCCCCGGCCACAGAUCAGGUGGACCAAAACAGCAGGAAGUGCCUCUGACAGAUUCCAAGAUUCCAGUGUCUUCAACGAAACCCUGAGGAUUUCCAACAUCCAGAGACACCAGGGAGGCCGCUACUACUGCAAGGCUGAGAACGGCCUGGGCUCCCCGGCCAUCAAAUCCAUCCGAGUGGACGUGUACUAUUUGGAUGAUCCCAUAGUCACGGUCCACCAGAGCAUCGGGGAAGCCAAGGAGCAGUUUUAUUAUGAGAAGACCGUGUUCCUCAGGUGCGUGGCCAACUCCAACCCGCCCGUGCGCUACAGCUGGCGCCGCGGCCAGGAGGUGCUGCUGCAGGGCUCCGACAAGGGAGUGGAGAUCUACGAGCCCUUCUUUACCCAGCAUCCCCUUCCAUCAAGCUCCUCGUGGACGACCCCAUCGUGGUGAACCCUGGAGAAGCCAUCACCUUGGUGUGUGUGACCACCGGGGGGGAGCCGGCGCCCAGCCUGACGUGGGUGAGGUCUGUGGGGGUCCUGCCCAACAAGACUGUCCUGAACGGGGGCACCCUGACCAUCCCCGCCAUCACCUCCGAGGAUUCCGGCACCUACAGCUGCAUUGCCAACAACAACGUCGGCAAUCCCGCCAAGAAGUCCACCAACAUCAUCGUAAGAGCCUUAAAAAAAGGACGCUUCUGGAUCACCCCCGACCCGUACCACAAGGACGACAACAUCCAGAUCGGGCGGGAGGUGAAGAUCUCGUGCCAGGUGGAAGCCAUCCCCCCGGAGGAGCUCACCUUCAGCUGGUUCAAGAACGGGCGGCCCCUGCGCAGCUCGGAGAGGAUGGUCAUCACCCAGACCGACCCCGACGUGUCCCCCGGCACCACCAACCUGGACAUCAUCGACCUCAAGUUCACCGAUUUCGGCACCUACACCUGCGUGGCGUCCCUCAAGGGAGGCGGCAUCUCGGACAUCAGCAUCGACGUCAACAUCUCCAGCAGCACGGUGCCCCCCAACCUGACGGUGCCUCAGGAGAAGUCCCCGCUGGUGACGCGGGAAGGGGACACCAUCGAGCUGCAGUGCCAGGUGACGGGGAAGCCCAAGCCCAUCAUCCUGUGGUCCCGGGCUGACAAGGAGGUGGCCAUGCCUGACGGGGCCCUGCAGACCGAGAGCUACGACGGGAUCCUGCGGAUCAUCAACGUCUCCCGGGAAAUGAGCGGGACCUACCGGUGCCAGACCAGCCAGUACAACGGGUUCAAUGUCAAGCCCAGAGAGGCCUUGGUGCAGCUCAUCGUGCAGUACCCCCCGGCGGUGGAGCCGGCGUUCUCCGGUGAAUCCACAUCUCCGAGAGUUCCACUGUGGCUUUGAGGAUGGGAACAUUUGCCUUUUCACUCAAGAUGACACCGACAACUUUGACUGGACAAAACAAAGCACUGCCACGAGGGACACAAAGUACACGCCCAAUACGGGGCCCAACGCCGACCGCACCGGCUCCAAGGAGGGUUUUUACAUGUACAUCGAGACGUCCCGGCCCAGGCUGGAGGGGGAGAAGGCCCGACUCGUCAGUCCCGUUUUCAGCGUUGCUCCCAAAAAUCCCUACGGAGCCACCAACACGGCCUACUGCUUCAGCUUCUACUAUCACAUGUAUGGACAGCACAUAGGAAGUUUGAACGUUUACCUGAGGCUCAAAGGCCAGACUGCCAUAGAAAACCCCUUGUGGUCCUCGAGUGGGAAUAAGGGACAGCACUGGAACCAAGCCCGGGUGAACAUCAACCCUCCCACCUCAUUCCAGCUCAUCUUUGAAGGGAUCCGUGGCCCUGGAAUCGAAGGGGACAUUGCUAUUGACGACGUGUCCAUUGUGGAAGGAGAGUGCAUGAAAUCAGACCAACCGGCCAACAAUCUACGAUCAGGUGCUGUUGGGCCAUUAGCACAUAUACGACUUCUCCCACUCCUCAUCCUCAUGUCUGUCUUAAGUCAUCAGAGGUGACCUUAUCCUGGCAGAGGCUACAAAAGAUUCACCAGGCACUGGCAUGAAGAAAGAGUCUUUGUAAAAUGGACAUUUCCAAACAAACUACCAAAGAUUCCUCCACUGACUGACUCGAAAGUUAAAUAAAUACGUAAAUAAAUAAUUUAAAAAUUUAAAAAAAAAGCGGAUUAAGAAAGCACUGGGGACUUGAAAAGGCAUCACGGGAGUGGAACUCACUAAGAACCAAGCUUGAGACCGAGAUCUGGCCUAAGUAAGGAAGAGACCUUCAGGUGCUUUUGUGGUCACUGAUGAAUUCAGCAUCAUCUGGUUGAACUCUCGGCAAAGAGCUCUAGAAACCCUUGUCAAAGCACAAAGUCAUGGCUGGUUUUGUUUCAAAUGAAUCGUUUGCUUGUUACCAUGGAAACCGAAUGGCCUGCCAAAAAAAAAAAAAGAAAAAAAAGAGGAAGGAGAGAGAGAGAGAGGAAAUACAAACACAGAGAGAGAGAGAAACACCUCACUGUAAACAGGGUACGUGAAGAGCUGGCGUUCAUUUUCCCUUCCCGGAGGUUUUCAGCGUAGAGUUAAACAAAUGUCGGCCCUUUCUACUUCGGCUGUCACCUCCCCUCGAGGACAACCCGGAAUCGGAGCUGUUUGCAGACAUUCCCGUUCCAUUCCUCACGGCUCUGCUGCUUGGUGACUGUGCGCCGUCUCCUUUUGCAUGCAUUCCCACCCAGGACGUGCCACCUGGGCUCACAUUUGUCACAGGCUUCACUGGGAGUUUGCUCGCGGCCGCUGGAAGAUCCCUCUCCCCUCCCCACCGGAGUCAUCAGCUCUACGGAAGUGAAGAAACCAAACCACCGUCUUUUAUAAAUUGCCAUGGAAACCAAGUGCCUUCAAUGAAACAAGCCUGAUUUCAAAAAAAACAAAAAAAAACAAAAAACAAAAAAACCGAACAAAAUAUAUAUAUAUAUAUAUAAAUAUAUAUAUAUAAAAAAAUAAAAAAAAAAUUAUAAUAAAUGUAAUAACGGUGAUUUCGACGCGGAAGCUUUGCACCACUGAAAACGCGGGCUGUGCAAAGUCUUUUCUAAACAAACUCUGGAGCCUGGGUGUGCAGGCAAGGAGAUGGAGCCGCUUCUGGAGAAGGAUGGAUGGACCUAAGCUGCUGUGGAAAGCCUUUGGGGUGAGAUCCGUGCUGUGUGACCUUGCAGACAGCCAUGGCCUUUCAGCUUCGUAUCCAUUCGGAACAGCUCCCGGCGGUGCUGCCCGUGGGAGCAGCACCUUUUGUUGUCGUCGUCGUCGUCGUUUCAGGUUCUCCAGUGGGUCAACCAGAGGAACAAAGGUGGUUCAGACAAACACUUGGUGCAGAAGGUGGUGAAACACGGGAUGAUUUUCUUACUCUCCCCCUCUGUUGGGAUGGCUCCCGACAUCUGGAGCUCCGGACGCUCCCAGGGGGCUCUGCCUCUGCCCCGGAGCCAGACUCGGUGCAGAGGGCGAAAGAUUAUUUUGUUAUUGUAGCGAAAUUCAAAAAAAACAAACAAACAAACAAAAAAGUUUAAAAAAAAAUUAAAAAUAAUCCACUUUUACAAGGAAAAAAAAAAUAAUAAAAGCUGUACAAAAUGGGUUUGAGCUACCCGAACACGUGCCGGUUUUCCACUGCAUUGUAAAGUUCCCUUCCAGUUGGUUAUGAAAUUUGAAGACCUUUUUCCUUAAAUUAGCUCAGCUUUUAACUUCAUUAAAAAAAAAAAAAAAGACUUUUGUCUAAAGAAGAGUAUUAUUAUUAUUAUAAUUAUAAUAAUUAUUAUUAUUAUUCUGUGUUCUCUCGACACCCUAGGAUUAAAAGCAAAACAUGAUAUGCAAAUAAUUGGAGUACAAAUGUGAAAACAAACAAAAGAUGAGUAUAAUAAUUGCAAAUAUGAGUAUAAAAAGCACAACGAGAUGCAGUAAAACAAUGACAAGGCUUGAUUUUUUUUAUUCUGUAGAAAAAUGUUUGUGCAAAUUCAGUAAUUCCACUGAAGAGAUAAUUUUCCAGCUCUGUUCAAUAAAGCCUCUUUCCAGGUAAGGCA